UGUGCGACAGAUGAGAAACUGCUUCCAUCUGGAAACGUGAAAAGGAGGGCAGACUUGUCCCAGUCAUCAACGGCACAUCCAAACGGCUUGCAUUAUUUUACAAUCAGCGCAAUUUAUUAUCGCUGAAGAAGAAGAGGGGACGUACGCUUUAGACCCGCUGCAUCGGAUUGAUCACGGAAGGAUGCUACAAUUUUAUUCCGUUAUCCAGCUUGUCAUUUUGAAUCAGAUUUAAAUAUUUUUCAUUUUGUUUUGCAAAGGGACUUGCCUAAUUCCGGAGUGUUCAUUUAAAGGCGAAUGGUGUGGGAUGUUCGUCUCUUAACAAAGCGAAGUUGUCGCAGUCGGUAGUCGCUAAUGGGUCUGCUUGUUGGAACACGGAGGUGACUGAACCGUGUCUGGCACUGUUUAAAGAAUCUGAACCGGAAGCUGACUGUGCGAGAAAGGGAACGGCAACGAUGAAUCACAGAGCAGACAGCGGAAUUCACGGGUGAGGUCAGGUUCGGCUUCCCAGCGAGCGUCAGGAAGGCCUUUGGAUAGUCUCCAGGAUUGUAAUCAGGUCCCUGAAGGACACACAGGAAGCCGUUGGGCAGCGGACGACAGCAGGAUGCGGCAGGGUCUUGGACUGCAGGUGCUCCUGAUGUGCUUGGGUGCGGCGAUGUGCAGCCACGGUUCAUUGCCCUUGGAGCAUGCCCACCGACGGAGACUCUCGCUGCACAGACAUCGGGAGAGGGGCAAGGAAGGGCAGGUUCUCCACCGCUCCAAAAGAGGAUGGGUUUGGAAUCAGUUUUUCGUCAUCGAGGAGUACACAGGGCCGGACCCGGUCCUGGUGGGACGGCUUCAUUCAGAUGUUGACUCUGGAAUUGGAAACAUCAAAUACAUUCUUUCAGGGGAAGGUGCGGGCACCAUUUUUGUCAUUGAUGACAAAACUGGGAAUAUCCAUGCCACAAAGACACUGGACAGGGAGGAGCAGGCUCAAUACACACUAACAGCGCAGGCGGUGGCUCGCGACACCAACAAGCCAUUGGAGCCGCCCUCAGAAUUCAUUGUCAAGGUGCAGGACAUCAACGACAACCCGCCUGAGUUCCUCCAUGGCCCUUACUAUGCCCGGGUUCCUGAGAUGUCCAAUGUUGGUACUUCAGUGAUGCAAGUGACUGCUACAGAUGCAGAUGACCCAACGUAUGGGAACAGCGCCAGGCUGGUCUACAGCAUCCUGCAAGGUCAACCAUACUUCUCAGUGGAGCCACAAACAGGAAUUAUUAGGACAGCCCUACCAAACAUGGACAGAGAGGCACGGCAGGAGUACGAUGUGGUCAUUCAGGCCAAAGACAUGGGGGGGCACAUGGGGGGACUGUCGGGGACAACAGAAGUGAAGAUCACCCUUACAGACGUCAACGACAAUCCACCAAAGUUCCCUCAGAGUGUGUAUGCCAUGUCUGUCUCAGAGGACAAGGUGGUGGGCGAGGAGGUUGGUAGGCUGAAGGCCAAGGACCCUGACAUUGGAGAGAACGGACUUGUGACUUAUCGUCUCAUCGAGGGUGACGGAAUGGAUGUCUUCGAGAUCACCACCGACUCCCAGACUCGAGAGGGAGUCAUCAAACUGAAAAAGCUGGUGGAUUUCGAAACCAAGCGAGCGUACUUCUUGAAGGUGGAGGCGUCCAACAUGCACGUGGACCCACGCUUCAUUGCUUGGGGACCGUACAAGGACACAGCCACAGUGAAGAUCAUGGUAGAGGAUGCAGAUGAGCCCCCUGCCUUCACCGCGCCCGGCUACAGCUUCCAGGUGGAGGAGAACGCUCCGGAAGGGACCGUGGUGGGACAGGUCCAUGCCCAGGACACAGACGUGGCCAACAGUCCUGUCAGGUACAUGAUUCCUCGCUAUACAGACAUCGAGCAGUUCUUCAGCAUCGGCCCCGAGGACGGCGUCAUCAAAACGACGAGACCGCUGGACCGGGAGGCUCUGCCCUGGCACAACAUCUCAGUCAGCGCCACAGAAAUUGGUGGGCAUCACCAAGAUGCUAAAGUUCAUGUCACCAUCAAAGUCAAAGAUAUGAAUGACAAUGCUCCAGAAUUUGCCACCAAGUAUGAAGUCUUUGUCUGUGAAAGUGCUUCACCUGGCAAACUCAUUCAGACUGUCAGCGCAGUGGACAAAGACGAGAUGACUGAGACACAGUUGUUCCAUUUCAGCAUUGCACCAGAAGCUGCCAACAACCAAAACUUCUCCCUAAAAGAUAACAGAGACAACACUGCCAGUAUCUAUGUGACCCGGAAGGGUUUCAGCCGAUUGGCCCAGGACAUCUACUUUCUGCCAAUAGAGAUCGACGAUGGAGGAAGCCCUCCAAUGAGCAGCACCAACACGCUGACCAUCCGUGUGUGCAGCUGUGACAGCAAGGACACGAUGCUCUCCUGCAACGUGGAGCCCUACAUCCUGCCAGCGGGUCUCAGCACUGGUGCCCUCAUCGCCAUACUGGCCUGCAUUGUCAUACUUCUCGCUAUCGUGGUGCUGUUUGUGGCUCUACGUAGACAGAAGAAGGAGCCCCUGAUCGUGUUUGAGGAGGAAGACAUCCGGGAGAACAUCAUCACCUACGAUGACGAGGGCGGUGGCGAGGAGGACACGGAGGCCUUUGACAUCGCCACGCUCCAGAACCCCGAUGGAGCCAGCGGCUUCAUCCCCAGGAAGGACAUCGUGCCCGAGAUGCAGUACCCUUACCGGCCAGGAGGGCCGCCGGUGGCCAGCGUAGACGUAGACGACUUCAUAAAGACCCGGAUCUCGGAUGCGGACAACGAACCGACUGCUCCGCCUUACGAUUCUAUCCAGAUCUACGGUUAUGAAGGGCGUGGUUCUGUUGCCGGGUCGCUCAGCUCACUGGAGUCAGUCACCACAGACUCGGACCUGGACUACGACUACCUCCAAAGCUGGGGCCCACGCUUCAAGAAGCUGGCUGAUCUCUACGGCACCAAAGACUCUAUCGAUGAUGACUCUUAACACCUCGGAGAUAUCGUUCAGCACCCCCGUAACAUGUAGUGUGUGAAGUUUACUAUAAGUAUACCACAGUUUCAUCUAUUUAUAGUAAACUUAUUUUUUUUGUAUUACGUAUACUUAUAGUAUGCAAUAUUCUUAUGAGGGGACUGAAUUUGGACUAGGCGACGAGAGGAAGCCAAAACAUAUACAAAGACACUUUUGUGGUGUGUAGUGGUAUGACAGUGGAAAUCUGACAGACAGGAAAGUUGUUGUGGAAAGAUGAAAGAAUACUCCGUAUUUUCUUGUUUUUUUGUUUGUUGUUGCUACAAGUCUUUACAGAAAUGUGUGCAGUGAUGCUUGGCUCACAGAAUGACUUAGAAUUGUUGAAACAGUGGGAAAAUGGUUGCCUUAUAUGAAAACAAUGGGGGAAAAAACAGAAUGGUCACUUGUGUAGCACACCCAUCUUGCAAUCAAUACGGUUUUUGACAAAGGUUUUGUUUUUUUUGUUCUUUUAAUAACCACAAAAUGAUGGAUUUAACUAAAAUGAAAAACACUCUUCUCAGCGUUUGGUCAAAUUCAAAAGAAAUCUCCACUUCUACCAAAUGAAGUACAGAUCACAAGUCACAAGCUGUGAGAUCAAAAAUCGCCUUAAAUAAUGGACACUACGGGGUGCAUUUUUGUAACUUGAAAAAUAUCUUAAAUCAAGCUUAAAUCCAUCUGAAAUGUACAAUACAGUGUCACUUGGUGAUCAAACCUGCACCCAUUGAUUCUUGUAAAUCUCUUUUUUGUGGUGAAGUUAUUAUUGAUUAUCAUAGUUGUUUGUCUUUCCUAUUUUCAUUAUUACUGUAUGUUAAUCUCCCUCAUGAGAACAUUUUGAUUUGUCUUGUUUCAGCAAAAGCCUAAUUUCUGUUAAUUUGAUGGUACCGAUUGGUAUAAAUUGUUACUUUUUUUAACCAUACAAAUAUCAAUAUUUCAACAUGUAAGAAAAUGUUACAUCACAUUUAUAUUUUAAGAACAUUGUACUGUUGCUUUAAUAUGUGCUUCAGUCUACGAAGCGGACAACUUUGAAAUAAAUGCUUUUUAUAAAAUGA